GUAGGUGACGGUCCGAGACAUUGCCACCAAGCUGGGAACCAGGGAUAUGGCUGGGACUGACCCCAAGACCAUGCAGAAUCUGGCCUCAGUGAUGCAGACCUUCCUGCAGCAAAUGCAAGAUAAAUUUCAGACCAUGUCUGACCAGAUCAUUGGAAGAAUUGAUGUUAUGAGCUGUCGCAUUGAUGAUCUGGAGAAAAACAUCACAGACCUCAUGACACAGAUUGGAAAGGAAGAACUGGAAGGUGAAAGCAAGAUACCUGCCUCACAAAAGAGUUGAGGGUUGCUAAUUUACACUGAAAUCUGGAACACCUUUUUUCUAAGCCAAGAGAAGAUUGAAUGGCUUUUUGCAACUAACUACCAUGUGUAGACAGGUUUUAUAUUAUAAAAUGUGUGUUCUUAUCACAUACUAUAUGGUUAGUUUUUAGAGUGAUUUACCCCCUAGUUGCUUGAACAUGGUAUCUUCAUAUCUUGGACCUUGGUCAGUUGUGCUAUUAAUUAUUAAACACUAAAACUUUGGCAGUUCC